AGCCCGGCUCUUCCGCUACCCGAACCCCUCAAAACUACAUCUCCCAGCAUGCUCUAAAGCUGGUCUGACCUCAUCUCAAAUGGCCCCGUAGGGCAACAAGGAUGGUUAGUUUUGACCGUGCUUAUUUGUGCCAUAAAAUAUUGAUCCUAAUUGGCUGCUAUUUGGGCUUUUAUAUUUGCCGGCCUCCCGUUUUUGAGCCGUGGUCACUAAAUGAAGAGGUUCUGGCCUGGGAAGGCCCAUGCAUUCCUUCAAUUGGAUGGGGAGCUGGGACAGUGUCUCUGGCGACAGCGCGAAUAGGAGGGAAUGUUGACCAGGGAGCACCGCUGCGGCCGUUCAGAGGAGCAGGAACCGGAGCCCGGGUUGAGUCCGAAAAAAGCCGGAUCCAGACGGCGGCUCCGGAACGGCUGCAACUGGAAGAUGGAGGAGCCGGAGGAACCGGCGGACAGUGGGCAGUCGCUGCCUCCAGUUUACAUCUACAGUCCCGAGUAUGUCAGCAUGUGCGACUCCCUGGCCAAAGUCCCCAAACGGGCCAGCAUGGUACAUUCUUUGAUUGAAGCAUAUGCACUGCAUAAGCAAAUGAGGAUAGUUAAGCCCAAAGUAGCUUCCAUGGAGGAGAUGGCCACCUUCCACACUGAUGCCUAUCUGCAGCAUCUCCAGAAGGUCAGCCAAGAAGGAGAUGACGAUCAUCCAGACUCCAUAGAAUAUGGGCUAGGUUAUGACUGCCCAGCCACUGAAGGAAUAUUUGACUACGCAGCAGCUGUAGGAGGGGCCACUAUCACAGCUGCCCAAUGCCUGAUUGAUGGAAUGUGCAAAGUAGCAAUUAACUGGUCCGGAGGGUGGCAUCAUGCAAAGAAAGAUGAAGCAUCUGGUUUUUGUUAUCUCAAUGAUGCUGUCCUGGGAAUAUUACGAUUGCGACGGAAAUUUGACCGUAUUCUCUAUGUGGAUUUGGAUCUGCACCAUGGAGAUGGUGUAGAAGAUGCCUUCAGUUUCACCUCCAAAGUCAUGACAGUGUCCCUGCACAAAUUCUCCCCGGGAUUUUUCCCAGGAACAGGUGACGUGUCUGAUGUUGGCCUAGGGAAGGGACGGUACUACAGUGUAAACGUACCCAUUCAGGACGGCAUACAGGACGAGAAGUAUUACCACAUCUGUGAAAGUGUACUAAAGGAGGUCUACAUAGCCUUUAAUCCAAAAGCAGUGGUCUUACAGCUGGGAGCUGAUACGAUUGCUGGGGAUCCCAUGUGUUCCUUUAACAUGACUCCAGUGGGAAUUGGCAAAUGUCUUAAGUACAUUCUUCAGUGGCAGUUGGCAACACUCAUUCUGGGAGGAGGAGGCUAUAACCUUGCCAACACGGCUCGAUGCUGGACAUACUUGACCGGGGUCAUCCUAGGGAAAACACUAUCCUCUGAGAUCCCAGAUCAUGAGAUCAACAGAUGGUGGAUCAGAAAAUAUUUACUGAGCUCCCAUUGUGCACCAGGCACCAUGGUAGGUAUCUUAGAAGAUGCAAAGACACUAAGACCACAUCUCUUCCCUUACCUCAAGCAGCCUGGGAGGGAGGCUAGUGUAAGUUCUAGGGAGACAAGUAGAUACACAAAUAAUUGUAUUACAGAGCAGAGUAAGAACCACAAGACAGCAGGAAAAAUGACUGUGGAGAUGGGCAUCAUAUAUGAAAGGGAUACUAAGGAGUGUACAAAAUACUCUGCCCUCCAGGAGCUGAAAAUAUAAUUGAGAAACCUAGUCAGUGAAAAGGUCAAAAUAGUGCAGCAGUCAGCUGUAGUCUGGCUGACACCCCACUGCCUUCACUUUCAAUCUUGGACUUGUGUUCUUCUGUGUCCUAGGGUAAUAAUCUUCCUCCUCCAGAUGCUCUUUCCCCAUCUAUCUCUUGUCUUCCUAGGUGCAGCUUCAAGCCCUGUGCCUUUAAAAAUCCCUUACCUACGUAUACCAAGGCCCUUUGAGUUCUUCCUUCAUAUUCGUUUAUUCCUUCACUCAUUUAACAAAUAUUCAUUGGGUACCUACUAUUUGCCAGGCCCUUAUUCAGACUUGAAUUCAGAGAUUCAAAGACGAGCAAGUCAACCCAGUGCCCUCAAAAGUUUCACCAUCUAAUAAAGGUGACGGAACAAUGUACCCAAAUCCAGGACAGUUGUUUCACCAAGACUUUGAACUGAAUCUUGGAGGUUUGUUCAGAGUUUUCCAGGUGAAGAAGAGCGAAACACAUUCUAGGCAAAGAGAAUAAGGUUUGAAAAGGAUCUGGUCCCUCAUGGGACAAGUGAGAAGUUUGAUAUGGUAGUAGAACAUAGAAUUUAUGAGAGAAAGUGGGGGAGAAUUAAGGCUUGAAUGAAAAUUGGAGCCAGAUUAUUUAGAGACUUGACUGCUACGCUAAAGAGUUUAUACUUUUUUCUGUGAAAACAGAUGAGCUUUGGUUUUUAGACAGCUUACUCAGUAGCACCUGGAAGAUAGAUUGUGAAAGGGAGAGACUUGAGAAAGGCAAACCUGUUAAGAGGUUCAAGUACACUCCUAUAACAGUCUGUAGCAUUCAUUUGGUCAUCUGUGUUUUGGUUGUCUGUAUUCCCCCUCAGUGCUUAGCACAGUGUUAGCUACACACCUUGUUGGUCUUCAUUCACUGAAUGAACAACUGAAUAAAUUAAUGUUUGAGUAAUAAGCAUGUUAGUGUUCACACUGGAAAACUUCUCUUUUUAAGACGGAAGAAUGGGAAGCAGUUUGCUGGAAAGGCUACCAGUAGCAACUACCCAUCCUUUGCAAGAAGUACCAGGUAUCCCAGCUGUAGGAAACAGAUGUGUCCAUGGGAAAACACUAGAUUGCCAAUUGAGGGAAGGGAGUUGAGAAGACAAGCCCAGCACAAAUAUUACAAGUCAUUAGUGGUGAGAUUUCGAUCAUAGCACUCAUGAGAUAUAAAACAGGUGAUGUCAUAAAGCCAGUGAUCAGGGAGUUUGUCCCAGAUCAGGAACUGGGUAGCCAGGCAUGGAAUAAGGAAGCAAUCCCAACUGGAAGAAGAUUUGGGCCCAGCUUGGAAAGCUAAGAGGAAGGAAACCUGCCCAUAUGCCUGGCUCAGAUAUGUCUACCAUGGAGAAAGCCCAAAGAUGGCAUGAGGUCCCAUAAAAAGAUUUUCUAAUUUAGCAAAUCACCUACUCUGUAUAAUAAAGCUUCUGGACUAUCAUGUACAAGAAUGUUCCCUAAUCCAGUAAUACUAUUUGGAUCCUGUGAUCCAGGAUAGAGUAUGGCAGUUAUGUUAUAUAAUGUAUUCAUAUAUACAUAUAUGUAUAUGUAUGUACAGAUAUAUCAGAUACAUGUAUAUAUCUGAAUCAGAUGGUUUAUUAACAAAAUUUAGUGAAUGAAAAAUACUUACUUAACCAGACCACCUCUGAUGGACUGGUUGGAUAAACUGUGCCUGACUCAUAUGAGGGAAUAUAUGUAGCCACUGAAAAGACUCAAGUAGAUUUAUAUGCAAGUGUGUUACUGAUGUAAAAGAGUCUUGCAGUGCAUCUGUAGAUUGCACUGAAUCUAUAGAUCAGUUUGGGGAGGAAUAACAUCUUAACGAUAUUUAAGCUUUCAAUCCAUGAAUUUGCUAUAUCUCUCCAUUUCCUUAAGUCUUUAAUUUCAAAUUUUCAUUUAUACUUUUCAGUGAACACAUCUUGCACAAAUUUUGUUAUAUUUAUCCCUAAGUAAUUCAUGAUUUUGAUGUUAUUAUAAAUGCUAUUUUUAAAUUUCAGUUUUAAUUGUUUGUUGCUAGACUAUAGAAACCUAGUUGAUUUUAUAUGGAUCUUGAAUAAUGUACCAUUGCUAAAAUCAUUAGCUCUAGCAGCUUUUUGUAGAUUUGUUAGUAUGUUUCAUGUAUACAAACAUGUCAUCUGUGAAUAAAGAAGGUUUUACUUAUUCCUUUACAAUCUUUAUGACUUUUAUUUCUUUUUCUUACCUUAUUACACUGAUUGGGACCUCCAAGUUGAUGUUAAAUAGAAGUGUUUAGAGCAAACAUCCUUGUCUUAUUCCUGAUCAUAGGGGGAAGCAUUUAAUCUUUUACUAUGAAGUGUGAUGUUAGCUGUAGGGUUUUUUUUUUUCAUAAAUGUUCUUUAUUAGGUUGAAGAAGAUCCCUUAUAGUCCUAAUUUACUGAGAAGUUUUCUUACAAAUGAGUGUUGAAUUUUGUCAAAUGCUUGUUCCCCAUCUAUUGAAACGAUCAUAUGCUGUCCUCUUGUUCUGUUAAUACAGUAAAUUGCAUUAAUUAUUGCCUUUUUAAAUGUUAAACCUUGCAUUGCUGGAAUGAACCCUAGUUGGUCGUGGUAUAUUAUCCUUUUUAUAUAUUGCUAGAUUCAGUUUGCUGAAAUUUUCUCAAGGAUUUUUUGUGUCAGUGUUGAUGAGGGAUGUUGACCUGUUGUUUUCUUGUAAUGUCUUUGUCUGGUUUUAAUAUCAAGGCCACGCUGAUCUUAUAAAAUGACUUGGAAAGUGAACCCACCUCCUCUUUUUUUCUGAAAGAGUUUAUGUAAAACUGAUGCUUUGUCUUACUUAAGUGUUUGACAGAAUUCAUCAGUGAAAACAUUUGAGCCUGGAGUUUUCUU